AGCUUUAAAGUUUACCAUGUGUGUUUCGUAAAUUCCAUUAAUACACACACCAAUUGCAUAAAUCUUAAAAUGUUUUUUUCUCGCUCUUUACCGAUAUUUAGGAAAAUUUCCGCAGGCGAAUACUGUUUAAGAAUUUUAUUACGAAAAACACAUGCCUUGCCAAAAGCCUUGCGUCCCAUCAAAACAAAAUCGACUCGAAAAGAGCCAAUAUUCUUUGUGGAUUCAAAACAAGUUAAUGUAAUCGGAGGGAAAGGUGGAGAUGGAUGUAUAUCUUUUUUGCAAGUUUGGUGUAAUGAACGAGCUGGUCCUGAUGGCGGGGACGGUGGAAAUGGUGGACACGUUAUUUUCCAAUCAACUACAGAUGUGCGAAAUUUUAAUCAUAUACUUAGUACUUUGCGUGGAGUAUCAGGAGAAAAUGGAAGUAGCGAAAACUGUCAUGGCAAGAAUGCUCAGCAUACUAUUGUAAAAGUACCAAUUGGAACCGUGGUGCGAAAUAAAUUGGGUUGUGUGGUGGGGGAUUUAAGUGAAGUAAAUUUAAUGUUUGUUGCAGCGCGUGGAGGCGUGGGUGGAAAAGGAAAUCGGUUCUUUGCGACCGCAGUCCAAAAAUCACCGAAGAUUUGCGAGUAUGGACCACAAGGUGAAGAAGCAACAUACAUUUUGGAGUUGCGAACUAUGGCGGAUGUUGGGUUUAUUGGGCAUCCAAAUGCUGGUAAAAGUUCUUUGCUAAAUGCAAUUACCCGAGCGAAGCCCAAGGUUGCACCCUACCCUUUCACGACUCUGCGACCAUACGUUGGAAUGGUGCAGUAUGAGGACUUCACUCAAUUGACAGUGGCUGAUUUGCCUGGAUUAAUACCCGGCUCGCAUCUUAAUAGAGGACUUGGUAUACAAUUCCUUAAACACGCAGAGCGUUGUAAGGUUUUACUUAUUGUUCUAGAUGCUAGUUUGGAAGAAUCCCAUCUUCAUUAUGAACAAUUAUUGCAUGAAUUAAGACAAUUUAGCCCUACUUUGGCAGAGCGACCUAAAAUAGUGGUUGCAAAUAAGAUGGAUUUACCAGAAGCCAAGGAGAACUAUUUAGAUUUACAAAAAAAACUUGCUAUGAAACUGAUUCCAAUCAGUGCGAAAACAGGCGAAAAUCUCUGCCAGUUAUUAUCUAUUAUUCGCGAGUAUUAUGAACGACAUAAGCCAAAUAAAUUACGAAAUGAUUUGUAACUCUUUUGGUUUAUAUUUAUUUCUAUUAACUAAAAUUUAAAUUUCGAUUUAGUUCCAAGAAUACAUACAAAGAUUUUUAUUUUUAUAAACGAUUUUAUAGAUCCUCUUCAGCAGUUGGCAGCCAAAAAGCCAUAUUAGUACAAGCCGAUGCAAGCAUCAUGUAUUUGGGGUUGAAUUGUACGCACUGCACGGGCCCUGGGUGAUCCCCAUUUAAAACACAUACUUUACAACCAGUAUCGGCAUUCCAUAUGUGUACUCGGCCGUCUGUACUUCCCGAAAAUAUAAAUUGUGAAUCUGGGCUGAAACUUGCUUCUAUGGGAAUACCUUUGUUGUUCGGAUAACCAGUAAAUGUUUGUAAAGGAGUACCAUGAAACGCAUCUACUAAACGUAUAAUAGACCCGUUUGUACUAAUAAGAAUUAUUUUGCCAUCCCUUGAAAACUUCAAACCAGUCCAAUCACAUUCUUUUUCUUGAUAUAGUUUGAAAGUGACAAAAGGACCUUUAUCAAAUGAUCGCAAAUCAUACAAUUUAAUGCUCUCAGAGUUAACGCCAGCUGCAAAUAUUAAUCCUUCCGGGUCGUAUGCAGCAACAGGGCGUCCAGGUAAAUUCAUUAGGCCUUGGCAAUUGGGUGAGCGCAGAUCCCAUAGUCGCAAAGUCUUAUCCAAAGAACCAGAUAGAAAAGUGUCCUCAACCGGCGAAAUACACAGCGAAAUUACUUUUUUAGUAUGGCCAGGAAAGUAGCGUAAAUAUUUAUUAUCAUGGAGACUUAAGUAUCGUAUGGUGUCAUCUACUU